AUUGCAGCUGCGAUCGAGUAGUAAGUCCUUCUUCGAGUAUGCGAUGGGACUAAUGUAUAAAUGCUUCUCUACUCUCUGAGGCUACUACGCCACCAACUGAAACAGCACCACUACUCUCCGAGUCUAAGAUUCUACCGUUUCAUCAUCAGGAACCUUGCAUCCACCGCCACCGCCACACCAUUUCACUUCCUCUUGAAGGAAUGCAAGUCUCUCUCCGAAGCUCGAUGCAUCCAUCAACAAAUACUGGUCAGAGGUCUCAUAGGCAUGGCAAGCGACACAGUCGCUAUGUACGUCGCUUGCGACGCUCCUGUCUACGCCCUCGCCGCACUCGAACGCCUCACACCCUCCCCUCCAGCCGUCUUCUGGUGGAAUGCCCUCAUCAGGAGAGAUGUUCGCCUUGGAUUCCUUGACGGCGCCCUUACCCUUCACAGCCAAAUGGAGAAGUUGGGAUGGAGGCCUGACCAGUACACCUUUCCUUUUGUUCUCAAAGCUUGCGGCGAGCUUCCUUCCUUCCGAAGAGGUACUGCUGUCCAUGGUGUCGUGUGCGCCCGUGGCUUCGAAUCCAAUGUCUUCGUCUGCAAUGCCCUCGUAGCGAUGUACGGUCGAUGUGGUGCUCUGGAAGAAGCACGUCAAGUGUUUGACGAGGUGUUACAGAGAAAGAUAGAUGAUGUCGUUUCAUGGAACUCGAUUCUGGCGGCUUACGUGCAGGGUGGUCAUCCAUCCAGCGCUUUGGAGUUGUUCGUUAGGAUGGGUAAGGAUGUUAGGCUACGUCCCGAAGCUGUGACCCUUGUUAAUGUCUUUCCCGCUUGUGCUUCGGUGGGAGCUUCGCUGCAAGGUAGGGGGGCGCAUGGCUUCUCGCUACGGAGUGGUCUCAUAGACGACGUGUUUGUGGGUAAUGCUGUCGUCGACUUGUAUGCCAAGUGUGGAAUGAUGGAGGCAGCGAAGAAGGUGUUUGAUCGCAUGCCUGUUAAAGAUGUGGUUUCUUGGAAUGCUAUGGUCACUGGGUAUUCUCAGAGCGGCAGCUUUGAAGAUGCUCUGCAACUGUUCGAGAGAAUGCAGGAAGAGAAGAUCGAAUUGAACGUAGUGACCUGGAGCGCUGUGAUUGCUGGUUUUGCUCAAAGGGGUCGUGGUUGUGAAGCCCUGGAUGUAUUCCGGAAAAUGCAGAUUUCUGGUGCGGCACCCAAUGUGGUCACACUAAUCUCCCUUCUGUCGGGUUGUGCUGCCGUGGGAGCUCUUCUUCAAGGAAAAGAGACUCAUGGUUAUGCUAUCAGGCGCAUUUUGAACCAAAAUGAUGGUGAUCCUGGUGAUGAUCUAAUGGUGAACAAUGCUCUCAUAGAUAUGUAUUCCAAAUGCAGGCGUGCAAAAGAUGCCCAUGCCGUCUUUGAAUUGAUAUCCCCAAAUGAGCGAAAUGUGGUUACUUGGACGGUCUUGGUUGGUGGUUAUGCACAGCAUGGCGAUGCCAAUAAUGCAUUGGAGCUUUUCUCCAGCAUGUUCCGGGGACCUAAUGCCAGGAUCCCUAAUGCUUUUACCAUUUCCUGUGCUCUGAUGGCUUGCGCUCGGCUGGCCUCAUUGAGGCUUGGUAAACAAAUCCAUGCUUACGUGAUGCGAAAUCGUUUUGAAUCUGUUAUGCUGUUUGUGGCCAAUUGCCUCAUAGACAUGUACUCCAAGUCUGGAGAUGUUGAUGCAGCUCGACGUGUUUUUGAUAAGAUGGAACACAGGAAUGCCGUCUCCUGGACAUCUUUGAUGACAGGUUAUGGGAUGCAUGGCCGUGGUGAGGAAGCACUCCAGGUCUUUGACAGCAUGAGAGCAGCAGGUCUUGUUCUAGAUGGGGUAACCUUCAUUGUUGUUCUAUAUGCUUGCAGCCAUUCUGGGAUGGUUAAUCAGGGCAUGGAUUACUUCAAUAUAAUGGGCAGUGAGUUCGGUGUAGUUGCAGGGGUGGAACAUUAUGCGUGCAUGGUGGACCUUUUGGGCCGCUCUGGUCGCUUGGAUGAAGCUGUGGAACUUAUAAAGGGCAUGCCAAUGAAACCUAGCCCAAUUGUGUGGGUAGCAUUGCUCAGUGCUUGCAGGACCCAUGCUAAUGUCGAUCUUGGAGAAUAUGCUACAAAGCGACUUUUGGAAUUGGAGUCAGAGAACGAUGGUUCAUACACGCUGCUUUCAAACAUAUAUGCCAAUGCUGGGCGCUGGAAAGAUGUGGCAAGAAUCAGGUCUUUGAUGAAGAAGACAGGGAUUAGGAAGAGGCCAGGGUGCAGUUGGGUCCAAGGAAAGAAUGGUACUGCAACCUUCUAUGUAGGGGACAGAUCCCAUCCCCAAUCACAGCAGAUAUAUGAGGUCCUUGCAAACUUGAUUGGACGCAUUAAGGCCCUAGGUUAUGUUCCUGAAACGAGCUUUGCUCUCCACGAUGUUGAUGAUGAGGAGAAAAGUGAUCUUCUAGCUGAGCAUAGUGAGAAGUUGGCUCUUGCAUAUGGUAUUCUCACUUCUGCUCCUGGAGCUCCAAUCCAAAUAACCAAGAACCUGCGAGUCUGUGGAGACUGCCACACUGCCAUCACCUUCAUUUCAAGGAUUGUUGAUCAUGAAAUCAUCGUGAGGGACUCCAGCCGAUUCCAUCAUUUUAAGAUGGGGGUGUGUUCUUGCAGGGGCUACUGGUAAUGGUUCUAUGUUAGUUGCAUUAAGCUUGUGGGUUUGGGAUCCAGCUUUGUGUUACCCAAAAGGAUAGAUUGAGUCCAUGAACAUUUGUAAAAACCUGAAAUUCCCUGAUAUUUUGUU